AUGGCCGAAGCCAAAAAGGGAUUGGUAAUAGGAAUCGACCUUGGCACAACAUACUCCUGUGUUGCAGUGUGGCAGCAACAGCAUAAUAGGGUGGAGAUCAUUCAUAAUGAUCAAGGUAACAAUACCACUCCUUCUUGUGUUGCUUUCACGGACCAUGAAAGGUUGGUAGGAGAUGCUGCUGCAAAUCAGGCUGCUUUCAAUCCAGAGAACACCAUCUUCGAUGCUAAGAGGUUGAUCGGUAGGAAAUACAGUGACCCGUUUGUUCAGAAAGACAAAAUGUUAUGGCCAUUUAAGGUUGUUGCCGGUGUCAAUGACAAACCCACGAUUUCUGUUAAGUACAAAGGCCAGGAGAAGAUCCUUAUUGCGGAGGAAGUAUCAUCCAUGGUCCUCUCAAAGAUGCGGGACAUUGCAGAAGCAUACUUGGAAAAACCUGUGAAGAAUGCAGUGGUUACUGUGCCUGCUUAUUUCAACGAUUCUCAGCGCAAAGCCACCAUGGAUGCUGGUGCUAUUAUAGGUCUCAAUGUUAUUCGUAUAAUCAAUGAACCGACAGCUGCAGCAAUUGCAUACGGUCUUGAUAAAAGAAAUGAUUGUGUUGGACAGCGAAAUAUUUUUGUUUUUGACUUUGGAGGUGGUACAUUCGAUGUGUCUAUUCUCACUAUUGAGAACAAAGUCUUUCAAGUUAAGGCCACUGCCGGAAACACUCACCUUGGCGGAGAAGACAUUGAUAAUAGAAUGAUGAACUACUUUGUGGAGGAGAUGAAAAGGAAAAGUAAAGUUGACAUAAGUGGGAAUCCACGUGCCUUAAGGAGGUUGAAAAGUGCUUGCGAGAGAGCAAAAAGGACACUCUCAUAUGCUGUUACUGCAAACAUUGAAAUAGAUAAUUUAUUUGAAGGCAUUGAUUUGUGUUCUUCAAUGACCCGAGCAAAAUUUGAACAAAUCAAUUGUGAUCUCUUUGAAGAGUGUAUGGAAACAGUAGAUAGGUGUCUUAGGGAUGCUAAGAUGGAGAAAAGUAGUGUGCAUGAUGUUGUCCUUGUUGGUGGUUCUUCUAGGAUUCCCAAAAUGCAGAAGCUGCUUCAAGACUUUUUCAACGGGAAGGAUCUUUGCAAGAGCGUAAACCCUGAUGAGGCUGUUGCUUAUGGUGCAGCUGUGCAGGCUGCUCUCUUGACCGAAGGCAUUAAGAAUGUUCCAGAUUUGGUAUUGAAAGAUGUUACUCCGCUUUCACUUGGCAUAUUGGUAAUGGGGGAUCUCAUGAGUGUUGUGAUUCCUAGGAACACUACUAUUCCUAUAAAGAAGACACGAGUUUUUCUGACAUCCAAAGAUAACCAAUUGUCAACCAAGAUUGAGGUUUAUGAGGGCGAAAGAGUCAAAGCCAGUGAUAAUAAUUUGUUGGGUUCUUUUUGUAUUUCUGGCUUUUCCCCAGCUCCUCGUGGCUAUCCUUUUGAUGUGACUUUUACAAUAAAUGAAAAUGGCAUUCUUUCCGUUUCUGCUGAGGAUAAAGUAACCGGUAGUAGGAAUGAAAUUAUAAUAUCCAAUGACAAAGGAAGACUGUCAAAUGCAGAAAUUAGUAAAAUGAUUAAAGAAGCAGAGAAUUAUAAGUCUGAAGAUGAGAAGUUUCACAAGAAGGCCAAAGCAAUGAAUGAUUUAGAUUAUCAUGUUUAUAAGAUCGGAAAGGCUUUAAAGACAGAGGAUAUGAGCUCGAAAGAAAAGGAAGAUAUCAUGUCUAAAAUUUCUAGAGCAACUGAUAUGCUUGAUAGGCGGAACGAGAUGGAAGAUAUAGUUGUUAUUGAAGACUUUCUGAAAGAUCUUAAAGCAAUCAGUGAACGAAUUAUGGUCAUGGAAAAGGUUGGUAAAAGGAAAACACCGUUAUAGUUAAUUUACAAACUCU